AUGGUUGAGAGCCCUGUCAAUCACAGUGGUGGGAAACCACAGUUAUGGAAGAUGGAAACCAUGUGGGUGAAAGGUUACACACCACAGAAGGUGCUUUUUGUGAACAAUAACACAAUAUGUUACCCUUGCGGAAACUUUUUGAUCUUCAUGGACAUAAACACAAAGAAGGAGAAGGUGCUGCAAUGCGAGAAUGGGAGUAUUGGAGUUUUCACGACCAACAGUACCAAAAGUAUUGUUGCCUUUGCAGAGCAGCGGUUAAAGCCAUUCAUAAAUCUGUACAGCUUUCCUGAGCUGACCAAGACUUCUGUCCUCACGGAUGGGGCGGAGUUGGACUACGUGCUUCUGGAGUUCAGCUACUCGGGCUUCUAUUUUGCCAGCUUCUCCUCUCUCCCAGAAUUCAAUCUCACCAUCUGGAACUGGAAAGCAAACGUUCGUCUUUGUAGCGAGUCUGUUGUAGGCUUGCAGCCUACUAUUCUGAGUUUUAACCCAGUGAACCAGCUCCAACUGUGUCUGGCCAGUGAGGAGCGCCUGUUACUAUGGAAUAUUGAACGAUGUGAUGACUUUCACCUUUUAAAGCGCAUAGAUGUAAAGCUCCCUGCAGAAGAUGGAACUCCAGUAGGUUCAGAGGAUGUUGGGAUUGGUCCUGACAGCAGUGCUUUAACUUACUAUGGCCCAAAGAUGUUAAUAUCAGCCCAGGCAGGUCUUGUGGGAGACUUGGCCAAUACAUUUGUGCCAAGGGAACUAAAGAAAACUUUGGUUCAGCCCAUAUCUGUCUGCUGGACCCCAAUCUCUGAUUUGUACGUGGGCUGUAAAACAGGACAACUUUUACUGGUAGAUGCUGAGUUACAUAGAGCUGUUGUAUUGGCUACUCCUUUUAAUGAACAGUUAUCCACAGGCAGUUUGAGAAAUAUGUCAUCCAAUGUUACGAUGAGUGUCUAUCCAGAGCUAAAGCCAUGUGCAGUGAAAACCCUCGCGCUCAACAAAAAGGGACUAUAUUCUGCAGGAUCGAAUGGAAUUCUCUUCUGUAUCGAGGUGACACCCCACAAAGUGGAGAUUGAGGAAUGCUUUUCAGUAGGAAUGCCAAUUAGGAAUAUCGCAUUCUCAGUGGAUUUUGAAUCAUUGCUUGUUGCUACAGAAAAGGGUUCAAUGCAUAUUUACAAGCCAUCAGAGCCAGACAAGGUGACCACAAUCUUAGACAUAGACAGUGGGGACUACGUAUCAGCAGCUCUGCUGGGGACAGGGAAACAAUAUUGUGUGGAUCCACUACCACCGCGAGAUUCACCGCCCGGCAGAGUGAUGAUACCUGCUGUGCAUGCCACUUUCACCCCCACAGUUGUCGCCACCACAGCCACUUCUGCCCCUAAAGACACCACUCACCUGGACACUGAAGACUCUUUUGCUGACAUCACUUCUGCCAGCAGUGAUGUCACCACCGAGAACCAGACCGAAACAGCGCCGUCGUCACGUUCAGCAAGAACAUUAGGUGCUGUGCAGGUGUGGUCAGUUGCAGAUGGGAAACUCAUCAGUACACUUAUCCUUCCAGUAAAGAUUAAAGUUAUGGCGAGCUGUCCUUCCUCCAACUAUGUUGCUCUGGGCACUGAAACUGGUCACAUCUAUUUCAUAAAUCUGGCAAAGGUGGAGACUCCUCACCUGGUUUACCAAAUCCAUCUCCACAAUAUAUCAAUACAGUGUCUAGAAUAUGACCACGGGGGUCAGUACCUUUUGGCUGGAUGCUCUGAUGGACAUAUGUUCAUUUUGAAUGCUAAACCCUCCAAGCAGUUUAAAGUCCUCGGAUAUACAGAGAUAAAAGAUGAAAUUAUGGGAUGUUCUCUUGCAUUUCACAUGUCAAAGAAAAUUGUGAAUUGCCUGAUAUUGGCAAGCCAGACUGGAGAUGACAAAUCACAUGGAGCCACUUGGCUGACUAGAUUUGAUCUUCUUGGAGAUCUCGCAGCAUCUUCUACAUCUGUUGAUCACCGUGGAAAGAUGAAUGAUGUUGCUAUUCGGAAACAAGAUUGUCAAGCCGAGUUGCCUCUGACCUCUGUAAUCCUGAACACCGACCAUCACGUCUAUGGGUACUGCACUUUGACAAGGACCAUCUAUAAAUACAAGAUCACGAGGGGUUCGUCAAAUGAUACAUUUAACCUGAUCACUCAGGCUAAAGUUGAAGGUCACCAGUUAGGACCAGGAUUCCUCUAUCUGUCUGCAAAUCAACAGUACUUGGUAUCUGUGGCCAGGGAUGGAUACAUUCAGUUAAGAGAUGCCAACAACCUGGGAACGCACCUUGAAACUCAAUGUCACUCAUAUCGGCUAGGAGGAGUGAAAUCAAUCACCUUGUCAUUGGACUGCCAAACUGUUCUUACCACUGGUGUCCACGAUGGUACCAUGGUGUGUAACACAGAAAGGUUUGACCCAGCGGGGUCAGAACGGAAUAAAGUAGUGCUGGAUUACAAUCACUCAAUAAUUUCAAUGCUGGAUCAGAGCUGUGUGGCUGAGGACAAAGUCCUGGCAGUGUUGGAGCAGCAAAAAGAGGGCACAAAGGACAAGUUGGAUGUUUUAGUAGAUAUUUCCCAUCUCUCACCUGGAGCUUCGACACACUCUGCCAGCUCCUUUAACACCACAAGUACCAGCAGCUCCAAGAGCUACCAAAGGUUGGAUGACAGCAGAUUCCCAGAAUCAACUUGGCUGGAAACAAAGAUGGCAGAGGCAGUAGAGAAGGACAAUCGCAAGCAUGCAGAAGCCAAAGCUAAGCUGAAACAAGGAAUCAAAAAGCUUCGUGCAACAAUAAAGCGGAUGAUGCUUGAAAAUGAGAAUGUGCCUGAGAUUGAGCGAUUAGAGCACCACGAGUUUAACCUUGAUCUGAAGGAACAGAAGAGGCUGCAUUCAGAGGGAGAGGAAAAAGUGGCCAAGGUUCGUGAGACGAUUGAGAUGGAAAACCUAGCCAACCAAUACCUACGUGAAGUGAUUAAGAGAGAAUGCUGGGACAACAUGUCUGUGAAAGGGCGAACUCUGGAGGCUUUCUCUUCGGGAUUGGCAGUGACUAAUUACCCAAUGAGGGAGCGCAACAGUGGUGAGCUGGAGCUUCUUAAGAAGGUCAUGCAGCAGAGAACAAUUGAAUUGAUUGACCUGAAGGCUCGAAAAGAUAUUGUUGAGACACCACCUAAGAAAGAAGAGAAGGAGGAUGAGGAGGCUGAGGAUGAAGAGUCAAAAGAGGAAGAGAGUACAGCAUUGAAAGGCAGCCUGACCAGCGAGUACGGUGUGGUAAAUCCUUACUUGUAUAAACAGUUAGAGCUGCAUACAAAGGAUGAGAAGAUUAAUCAGAUCAUCCUGUUACAGGACGUAAUUUACAACAUAAAAACUGCUUUCAACAAGGAAUUUGAUGCAACCUACAAACAAAAAGAGGUGGAGAUGGCUCGAGUGAAAGACCGAACCAUGCGGAUCUUGGAAAUCAUGCAGCAACUAGACAUGGAUGAGGAGGUCUGGCUGCCCACAAUGAGCAACAAGGAGUUGCCUGAGCGAGAGUUUGAAGUCCAGGAUUCUGAGAUUACAGCAGAGCGGUACCUCACCCCAGAGCAAAAACGUAAACUGGAGGAAGAGUAUAAGGCUGAACAGCUGCGGCUACUAGCUGCUAAGGCUGACAACUGGAGGGAGCGUGCACUGAAAGACAUGAUGGGAGGUGUCCUGGAAACCAAGAAAUCAGACAUUCUGAAAAUGGAAAUUCCUGUACCGUAUUUCAUGGACAAACCUGAAUUUGAAUGGACUGAGGAGCAGAUCAAACAAGCUAAAGAAUAUGCCAUCAAAGAGCAGGAAUUAAAUGAGGAGAAGGACAAAUAUCGGAAGACACUGGAGUCCGAGCUGAAGAAAUUGCAGAGUUCAGUUGCUGAAAGCAGAAGCAAUUUUGAUGACAUUAUGAACAAACUGUUUGAAAAAAAAGUGAGAACUGAAAUGAUCAUCUACCAGGAGGAACUGAAGAUUUGCAAUCUGGUCUUCUCAUUGAGGAUAGAGGAAGAAAUACAAAACAGGAAUGCUCAAAUCAAUUACAUACUUGAGGAGCAGAAGGAUUUCAUGGCAGUAAAGUCUCAGAUGACACAGAACAUGAAAGUGAUGGUGGACCGAUUCCGAGAAAGCUACGAUGAUCUGGUGGCUGAGGACAGACUCCUAGAUCGUGGAUUCAGGAAGGAGUUCUCUGAUGUCUCUGCUACAAUGGUCGACCAACUUUAUAAAUUAUACAAACGCAGACCGAAGGUACAAUUGCAAAGGAUCCAAGUGGCAACAGCCAACCCUUUUGAGGACCAAUCGCAGUCGGUCGAUGACAAUCAUGUCAGUUUCCUGGCUGCCAUGGUGGAUUUAGAUUCACUUGAUUCCAAACCGGAGAACCUGGACCCAGCUGUGUGGAAUCGGUUCUGUGAAAGUAGGAAAAAGAAAAUAGAGAGUGAAAAUCAGGUGAGGCUCAAGGCUGUGACUCUGGCAGAGAUGCAGAUGUUUCUUCAAAGGAGGAUGGAGGAGGAUGAAAAUAAUGGACAACAAAUCAACAAUUUGAUCCAGGAACUCAACAAUCUCCGUGAAAUCAAGUCACAAUUUCAGCUGAAUCUGAUGGUGCAACUUGUGUUGAAACAAGGCCAAGUGGAGGUGACGAGCAGUGACUUCAUCCCUGACUAUUCCAAUUCCAUUUUCCUACAUAAAGGCGGCGUGGAGGAUCUGAACAGCACCAUUCAGUUAUUAGGAGAAAAGAAGGUGGCCAGUAUGGUGGAACGCAAAGACUUCAGGAAGAAAAUUGUUCAGGUGGAAUGGGAAUGCCAGAAGAUGUUGAUGCAAAUGGAUGACUUGCACAACAAGAUCCGAGACAUCCUGAAAUUUAAGAUCAGCAAACAAGCACAGAUGUAUCUAAGGGAGGCAAAUUAUGAUUCUCAAAUCAAUGCAGACAUUAUGGGAAUGGAACGCUCUGUUCAAGGUCAGGAGAAGUUCCAUAGCAAGGUUCUCAAAAAGAAACAGGAGGCCAUUAAAGAGCUGGAGAAGCAGAUUGCACAGCUGAAAAAGGAGAUGAAAGUGAUGGAUCGGCAGUUGAAAGAACAACAUAUUUCUGUCAGCGAGAGGCAAAAUAUCCAGGAGAUGAUUACGCCAGUUGAAUCCGAAAAAGAUACUCGCAAUCGUUUCAGGGACUUGAUGCAGCACAACCGUCUGACGGAACUGAGUCGAUCCCAGGCCGAAGAUAUUGCUAUUCUGAGAAGCGAGUUGGAAAGACAACGAAUGAAGAGCUUUCCGAUCCUGGCUGAAACAGAGCAAUACUCCUACGCUUAA